GCGCAGUAAGUGUAAACAGGAAGAAGAGUGCAAAAUUAAACAGUGUCGACGAACAUUGCGUUACAUUGACAGGAUCCGUUUGAAGUCGCAAUGCAGGUGUACAGUAAGCUUAAACGUCAUUAAUUUAUGUUUAGCACAUGAUGUAAAGUGACUCGACAAAAGUUAUUAGAGAAAACAUCGGGUAAUGCUAAUUUGCGGUUCUGACAUCGUUGAAACACGGGUCCAGUUCGCUUGCACCAGAGCGAGCAGACAGUCCAGAUAUAGUCCAGAAAGCCUUUAACACUACGUGAAUGACUGUCGUGUUUUUAACGAAGAAAUCUGCAGCUAACGUUAACGUUAGUUCGUGCAGAUAAUCUGCAUCCGAUAGAAUUCCGCUCCCUACCGGUGACUCGACCUACUAACCCACUAGUGAAUCGAGUUAGUGUUUCUGGAUAAGAAAGCCUUUGGCCGACGACUAGGCCGAUAAUUCCAACAGAAAUUAUCAAGUACAAUUCAAAAUGGUUCAGAAAGACAAAAUAAUCGAGUCGACACAGUCAGAAAGUGAAGCAAAUCCAGUGCCAAGCGAAGCUGUUGCGGAUACGCAGUGUCCAGUGGACGAGCCCAGUAUCGGGGUUGAGCGAACAGGCCGCAGGAAAUUCAUCACCGGUGUUGUGGAGGGCUUCUAUGGACGGCCAUGGACUAUGGAGCAAAGGAAAGAGCUUUUCAGGAGGCAGCAGAAAUGGGGGUUGAACACCUAUCUGUAUGCCCCAAAAGAUGACUACAAACACAGAAUGUUUUGGAGAGAAAUGUAUUCUGUUGAGGAAGCAGAACAACUCACAACUUUAAUAAGUGCUGCUAAAGAGCAUGGGAUUGAGUUCAUUUAUGCCAUUUCCCCUGGCCUGGACAUUACAUUCUCAAAUCAGAAGGAAGUGUCGACACUUAAAAGGAAGUUAGACCAGGUCUCUCAUUUUGGGUGCAAGUCUUUUGCCUUACUGUUUGAUGACAUUGAUCAUAACAUGUGUCCAGCUGACAAGGAGGUAUUCAGCUCCUUUGCACAUGCUCAAGUGUCUAUAACCAGUGAGAUCUUCCAAUAUUUGGGAGAACCUGAAAUAUUUUUAUUUUGCCCCACAGAAUAUUGUGGAACAUUUUGUUAUCCAAAUGUGUCACAAUCGCCUUACCUGCGCACAAUAGGUGAAAAGCUGCUUCCUGGUAUUGAGGUGCUGUGGACAGGUCCCAAAGUAGUUUCUAAAGACAUAACUGUUGAAUCUAUUGAAGAAGUCACAAAGAUACUGAGGAGAGCUCCUGUCAUCUGGGACAAUAUUCAUGCUAAUGACUACGAUCAGAAGAGACUUUUCUUGGGGCCUUAUAAAGGCAGGUCCACAGAACUCAUCCCUCGGCUGAAGGGAGUCCUCACCAACCCCAACUGUGAAUUUGAGUCUAAUUUUGUGGCCAUUCACACGUUAGCCACGUGGUAUAAGUCUAACAUGAAUGGAGUGAGAAAAGAUGUUGUCAUGACAGACAGUGAAGACAGCACUGUGUCCAUCCAGAUAAAGUUGGAAAACGAGGGCAGUGAUGAGGAGCUAGAAACAGACAUCCUCUACAGCCCACAGAUCGCGCUCAAGCUGGCUCUCACUGAAUGGCUGAGCGAGUUUGGAGUGCCUCAUCAGUACAACAGUCGGCAGGUUCCUCACAGUGGAACUAAAAGCACUUCUAUAGAUGUUCCUGCACUCACUGUGCCCAGUCUGGGCAUUUCCACUACAGUGACUACAGUCUUCCAACAGCCCAUCAUGAGUCCAAUCGUGCCCCUUAGCGAUGAACCGCAUGAGCUUGGCAAAGAAGAGGAGGUGGAGGUGGAGAAGAAGGAGUCUGACGAAGAGCCCAUGGAGAUGGUCGUGGAGAAACACGAUGAGGUGGAGGACACUAAAAAUGUCAACCAGAUCCUCACAGAGAUUGUCAAGGCUAAAAUGACAGAAGAUCUCAGACCCAUGGACACAGACAAAGAGAGCCUGACAGAGUCCAAGUCCCCAGAGAUGUCCAUUCAAGAGGAUUCAGGCAGCGACAUUGCACCGAUGCAGACUGAUGAUCAGCUCAAUAAGGAAGUGUUUGUUCCAGGCCCCAAUGAGAAGCCGCUGUUUACUGCUGAGCCACUUACUCUGGAGGAUCUGACCCUGCUAGCUGAACUCUUCUACCUGCCAUACGAACACGGUCCCAAAGCAGUACAGAUGCUGAAAGAGUUUAACUGGUUGAGAGCAAAUAGCAAUUAUGUUAGUGUGAACUCCAACGCAAAGGAUCCAGAGAAGGUAGCUGAAUGGCAAUCCAGAGCGGAAAACUUUGAGGAGAUGUGCUGCUCCGUCAUCCAGAUGUUCACCAGACUCUCCAACUCAGCCAACAGGACCAUUCUUUAUGACCUGUAUCCCUAUAUCUGGGAUAUAAAGAGUAUCAUCUCAAUGGUGAAAUCAUUUGUUCAGUGGUUAGAUGGAAGAAUCUUCAGCACAAGUUUCUACUGCUAUCGGAUGGACAGUGCCCGAUGGUGUCGUAGUCAGUCGUCAGCACAGUUCUUAAGUGGCGACCAAGAGCCCUGGGCCUUUAGGGGCGGUCUAGCAGGAGAGUUCCAGAGACUGUUGCCAAUUGAUGGGGCAAAUGAUCUUUUCUACCAGCCACCACCACCAAUGCCAACUUCCAAAAUCUAUACCCUAAGGCCUUACUUUCCCAAAGAUGAGUCUGCCAUCUACAAGAUCUGCAAAGAGAUGUUCACUGAGGGCUGUGACGGCAUCUCUUUCUCAGAUGAGUCACCGGACCUUAUUGGAGACAGGUUAGUGGGAGGUUUCCUGACGCUCAGCCCAGACUAUGGCUUUGUGCUUGAGGAUGAGGAAGGUAUCUGCGGCUAUGCUCUGGGCACUGUGGAUGUCAAACCUUUUGUGAAGAAAUGCAAGAUGAGUUGGAUUCCAUUCAUGCAGGAGAAAUACAACAAGCCAGACACAGAGAAGGACAUGUCAGAGGCUGAGAAAAUGAUGCUAAGUUUCCAUGAGGAGGAGGAGGAAGGCUUACCAGAAUCGUUCCUCAGUAACUUCCCGUCACUCAUUAAAGUGGACAUUCAUGCAAAGGUUACCGACCCCAGUGUUGCCAAAAGCAUGAUGGGAUGUCUCCUCUCAUCAUUGAAAGCCAAUGGUUCACAUGGUGCUUUCUGUGAGGUCCGGCAGAUGGACAAAAGGAUGUUGGACUUUUAUAGCAAACUGGGCUGCUUUGAAGUGGCCAAAAUGGAGGGAUUCCCAAAAGACGUUAUAAUAAUGGGGAGGAGUUUGUGAAUCUGAACCGCUGAGAAAAAAAAAAAGCGUACAGAAGCAGCCUCCCAGAAAUUGAACAAAGCUUCGGCCCCAACACGCUACCUGUUCAUGUAACUAUCACAAGUUUUGUAAUGGCAACUCUGGUGGCCUGUAGCUUCAUUCACAUCAUAUGCCGAAUGCACUUCUAGAAAUGUAGGUGCUGUUCAUUCACUUUGCCAGUGUGUGGUGGAAGUUUGAAAGUGGGUGUACACAUAUGCACACAUUGGUUUGUUCACAAAAGGAAAAAGAAUUGAAGUGGGUCUGCAAGGGUAAUUCAGGACGCAUGAGUUACUUUGAGUUUUUUCUGGUGGACCGUUUGCUUGAGUUGGCCAAGUGCCAUUGAACCCACUAAAUCUCUUAGAUAUGGCCGAGUUGCAGAUUGUGUUCAGCAUAUGUGCAUGUUUAAGUUAACGUCUAGAUUCUCCAGACUAAAAACUUGCCGUUACUUGAUAAGAGACGUCUUCACUUUGCUGUUUUUAAUAGUGCUUUACAAUGUUCAAAGCAAUAAUCUAGAAGGACUUCAUAACAGUCAGGGUUUGUGUUAUUGCUUUCCAGGACAUUGUAAUAAAUUCUGCCAUUUUCCAGGUUCAAGCAGUGUCUGUGAGCUCUCGUAUGGAGAACACAGCAGCCUAAAGCUAUCCUUUGAGGUUUGGGAUGCUGCUCGGGUAUUAUUUAGAAAAGAAAAAACACUGAAAUUGAACUUUGAGCAGGCAGAAGUAAAUACAGUUAAAGUCCGUUGUCUUCAAGACCGCAUGGGGUACUUUUGUGUAAGCCUUUAGCAUGUGUAUCUUUUAGGGAUACCAUUUUUUUUAUUUUGUACAAAACGCCUUUUGGCUCUUGCCCUCCUCUGGAAUAUAUUUGAGGGUAAUAAAAAGUAAUUUCCUACAGUUCUUUCUUUGAUUAAAAUGGUAAAUUAUACAAUUCUGAGACACAACAGGGUUACAUUAUAAUUCUGACAUGCUGAUGUUUACCACAAAAAAAAAGUACAAUAAGUAUUGUAAACCUCAAGACCAAUGCCCUGUCUCUAAUUAGAGUGAAAACAGAAAAUAAAUGAAGGUACAUUAGUGAAUUAUCUUUAAAUAUUUUUUUUUUCUCUGUUGUCUGAAGAGAAUAACUUUGCUUGUUCUUUAAUGACAGUCUGCCUCUUUGUCAAUAUAUUUAAAAAUCCCUACAGUUGAAGUUGGUUUCUCUGAAGUCCACUCUGCGUUGUCAAUGCUAGGAUUGUUUUCCUGAACGUAGGUGCAAAAGAAACUCUUUAUUCUGUAUUUACUCCCUUUUUGAACAAAUUACUGGCAGUUUUUUUUUUUGGUAUCUUUUUUUUUCUGUGCUAUAUUCUGAACAACUAAAUGAGCACAAAAGGCUCCUGCAGAUUACCGUAUGUAAUGUUUAAAAUGCCUGAGUUAAAGUAAAAUGUAAAUAGUUUUGUGCAUGUGAUGGGC